ACAUUUUGAAUUAAACGUUAUACAUACUACGAUUUAAAUUAAAUAUUGUAUUAUUAAUUUAUAAUAUUGUAAAUUUUAUUAAAUGAUAAAAAUAUAAUAAUGUUAAUGCCUCAAUCAGAUUGCCCAUUUAUUAUAUCUAAGGCAUCGGAAAAUGUUGACACUGUAAAUUCAUCGUUAUUACAAAAACAACUCGUAGAGAUGGAGGAUGAAGUCAAAGAAAUCCGAAUGGAAUUGGCGGCUAUUAAACGUGACAGAUUAGAUUUAGUUAGUAAAAGUCAGAAUAAAGGAAUAUCGGGAUAUCAAGAAAUAACAAAAGAAACUGGAAUUGAGAAUAAUAAUAAAAUGAAGACAGACUUUAAUGAAGACAGUUGUGGUGAUUACCCUGGUCAUCCCGAGCUAGAGUAUUCUAGGCUUCGAGAAGAGCUUAUAAGAGUGAAAAAUGUGGCUGAUCAGGAGAGAUUUCUCAGAGAAAAGUACGAAGGCAGACUAAAAGAUUUAGAACAGAAACUCUAUAGCAUUUGUGGUACUGAAACUAAGGUCGAUAGUAAGGAGGCGCAAAUGUUUUCUGAAGAGGAAGUUUAUAACAUUAAAAUGAAAAUGAAGGACUUGAGAGAAGAAAUUGAAGAUAUGAAGUUAAUCGUUGUUGAAAAAGAUGAACAGUUGAAGGAAUAUCGCACGAAGUAUCUUCAAGCCCAACAACUUGUAGAAGAACUGAAAAACCAACUAACCGGCUUUGAGGUUGAUAAUAUACGCGUUUCAGAGCAGAUUGCAAACGAAAUUCAGUGUAUGAAGAUGCAGUUUCAAGAAAAACUGCUCGAGUUAGUGCCUCUUCCGAGUUUUCUCAAAGAAGCAAAACUUCGUCAUCAAGAGGCAAGACAAUUUCAGCAUUUAGCUGAAGAAAAUGUCCGUCAGCUUUCUAGUGAGCUGCAGAAACUAAAAGAUAAGUUUGCAGAAGCUGUAAGUAACCUUAAUAACAAAAAAACAGAAAAUAUGUAUUUGAGCGAAGAGAAUAAGCAGCUAAAGCUUACAAUAGAGGAAAAGCAAAAGAAAUUAGAUGCAUUGAAUAAGAAAAUGGUAGAGAACAGCUAUAUCACUUCGAGAAUCGAAGAGAUGAUUACUCUAUUCGAAACUACAUUUAUAGAGAAAACAGCUCAGUACACACAUAGAAUUAAAUGUUUAGAUGAAAUCAAAGAAGAAACCAAUCGAUCUUUAAUUCAAUGUAAAGAACGAGCUGAUGCCAUGAAGCAAUACAUGCAAAGUCAGAUUUCUGAGCUUGAAAGAGAGCUAAGCAAAAGUCGAGCACUCACUAGAUUAUGUCAGAAGGAAAGGGAUGAGAUACGGCAACGCAUGCAAUACCAAGUUAACAACUUGCAAGAGAACUUCGAGAUUGUGGAAACACGAGUACGUGCUCUCCAGAAUCAAGUGAUAUCACUGAUAAAUAAUUAUGGCACCAUGAUUACUAAUGAAAAUUACAACAACUUAUUUGACUAAUAUCUCUGCAGCUACAUAAUUAUAUGUUAACUACGACGAUUUUUUGCUAACGAUUUUUUGCUAACGAUUUUUUGAUACUGAUUUUUUUGAUACCGAUUUUUUUUUGUUAAACUUACUAUUUUGUAAUUGUUCUAUGAUUGUUAAU